AAAAUCUUGUCUCCUGGAACGUUCUAAUCAGUUCUUAUGCAGAGAUGGAGAUGCCUUGGAAGUCCACCACAAGAUGGAACGGGAGGCACUGAAACCGGAUGAUUCAUUUCGUUUUCUCUGAAGGAGCAAAAGCUGUUUUUGAUACAGUUACUUCCAAGGACGUUGUUUUAUAGACUGAUUUGCUCAUGGCUUACUCUCAAAACGGGGAUCCAAAAUAGGCGCUUCUUGUUACUCCAAAUACCGUGGAUAGCGUCGAAAGCAAGGACAUCGUAACUUGGAACGUUAUAGAAAUGGCCAUGGACGAGAAACAGUCGGCUUUACCAAAAGUAAAGCCGACUGUAGUAGACAUCCUGGAGGAGGCACUCAUAUGGAUUCGUGGAGGCUGUUAUUUAAGUUGAUCGGGCUUUUUCCUUAGGUAACGAGUAUCUGAUGGCAGUGCUCUUGUUCUCCGGUAACGCAAGGCUAGAAUUAUGGAGCAAAGUGCACAUAGGCUAUGGUAGAGCUCGGCAAAAGAGGGCGCCAUGGAAUGUAAGAGCAGGCUGUGGCGUUAGAGCGUCGUUAGACGCACUCGUCUUCGACUGUGACGGGGUAAUUCUCGAGUCGGAAGAUUUGCACAGGCGAGCCUACAAUGCGACGUUCGAGAAUUUUGAGGUCCGGUGUCCAGGGAAUAAGUCCCCAGUUGUGUGGAGCACAGAAUUCUACGACGAGCUGCAGAACCAAAUUGGAGGAGGAAAGCCAAAGAUGAGAUGGUACUUCAAUAGGAACGGCUGGCCUUCCUCGAGCUUGUAUAGCUCGCUCAAAGAUGACGAUGAGAAGGUUCAGCUCAUCGACACACUUCAGGAUUGGAAGACAAAUAAAUACAAAGAUAUCAUUGCGUCUGGAGCGGUUGAGCCACGACCAGGAGUUCUUCGCCUAAUGGAUGAAGCUCGUGAUAUGGGAAUUAAGGUGGCUGUUUGCUCAGCUGCAACAAAGAGCUCUGUAGUAUUUUGUCUCACGAAUUUGCUUGGCAAGGAAAGGUUUCAGCAAUUAGAUUGCUUUCUAGCAGGCGAUGAUGUCGAAGAAAAGAAGCCCAAUCCAAUGAUCUACAAAGUCGCAGUAGAGAAACUUGGAGCAACCCCGGACAAGUGUAUCGUGAUAGAAGACAGCGUCAUUGGUCUCAAAGCAGCAGUGGGUGCUGGUAUGAAAUGCGUAGUGACUUUCACAAGUUCUACAAGCAAGCAGGAUUUUAGCGAAGCUGCAGCUGUAUUCUCCAGCUUGGAAACCGUGAGUUUGGAUCACCUCGUGAAGUUACUGGACGAACGUGUGAUUGCUACUGGUUAAAUUCGUCUAUGAGCUUAAGGGAGAGUUCUUUCGCCAACAUAAAUCGACAUGGGUUCCAGCUGGUAUACCGUUAGAAUAGAAGUUUCAUGCAAUGCAAACUUUGUGUCAGUGAAACACGACUGUUUUGCCGAUA